UAGCUUGGAAGGGGAUAUAAAGCGAAGCGGCAACGACCACCGAGCCUGCCUCAAGAAUCUCUCUCUCUCUCUCUAUCUCUCUUCCUCCCUCUCUCUUUCCAUGAGCAGCAUUGCGCAAUCAUAAAAUCCUCCCUAGUAGUGCCUCUGAGUCUGAUUCCAGUUGAAGGGGGCUGAAAUUGUGGCUAAAGAUUCGAGCUUUUCUUGAUUUGCGCCGCCUGCAUUGGGAGAAGAGGAACUCCUGUUCUUGGACAUUCUUGGAAGUUGCUGAGCCGACUUGCGGCCGUUCUUGGGUUAUGUGUGGUUGUCCAGUUGUCCUUUUGGUUGACACCACCGUUUGCAGGUUCUGAAAGCAUGAGGUUAUGGUUUCUCGUUCUCUUGCCUCUUCUCUCUCUGCCUGCACCGAUUCGAUCAGAGGAUUACUCAGAUGUAACUGUUGUUGUUCGAGGUUCUGAGAUGAUCGCUUCAACCAGCGAUGAGUUUGUUUGUGCCACCAUUGACUGGUGGCCUCCGGAGAAGUGCAACUACGACCAGUGCCCAUGGGGACAGGCUUCAGUCUUGAAUUUGGACUUGACUAAUCCGUUGUUAACUAAAGCAAUCCAAGCCUUUAGCCCACUGCGAGUCAGAGUCGGCGGCUCCUUACAAGAUCAAGUGGUAUAUGGAACACCAAAUUUAGGAUCUCCAUGCGACCCAUUUACAAAGGUUUCAGGUGGCCUAUUUGGCUUUUCUCAAGGAUGCAUAACCAUGGAAAGAUGGGAUGCUGUCAAUGAUCUGUUUGUGAAUACUGGAGCAGUUGUUACAUUUGGUCUUAAUGCACUUCAAGGGCGACAGCGGGUACGCAAAGGUGUUUGGGGAGGUGCAUGGAAUUCUAGCAAUGCCCGAGAGUUCAUGGAAUACACUAUUUCAAUGAACUAUCCUAUAGAUUCCUGGGAAUUUGGUAAUGAAUUAAGUGGAAGUGGAAUUGGUGCGAGUGUGGGAGCUGAACAAUAUGGAAGGGACCUAGUUGAACUCCAAACCAUCAUCAACCAGUUAUAUGGAAAUUCUAGAAAACCACUGGUGGUAGCCCCGGGAGGAUUCUAUGACCAAAAAUGGUUUGCUCAGCUGCUUGAGGUCUCUGGGCCAAAUGUUCUCAAUGCAAUGACGCAUCAUAUUUACAAUCUUGGUGCUGGUAAUGAUCCACAAGUUCCAAAUAGAAUCUUAAACCCGAAAUAUUUGAGCAGGAUCUCUGAUACAUUCAGAGAUCUCCAACUCACAAUACAACGCCAUGGGCCAUGGUCUGCUCCAUGGGUUGGGGAAGCUGGUGGUGCAUAUAACAGUGGCAGCCGUCUCGUGUCCAAUACUUUCCUGAACAGCUUCUGGUAUCUUGAUCAACUUGGCCAGUCAGCAAAGUAUGACACCAAGGUUUACUGCAGACAGACUUUGAUUGGUGGCAACUAUGGGCUUCUAGACACUGACACUUUUGUGCCGAAUCCUGAUUACUACAGUGCUUUGUUGUGGCAUCGACUCAUGGGGACGGGAGUUCUUUCCAUAGACAUCAGCGGUUCUUCAUACUUGCGUGCAUACUCGCAUUGCGGAAAGCAAAAGGGUGGCAUCGCUCUCCUCUUGCUCAACCUGCACCGAAGCAUGGGAUUCAUGGUUUCAGUCAGAAACGACCUCAAUGUCGAUCUCACAGAGGGGCAAGGGAUCAGAAGGGACAAUGCCUUUGUCCAUGGCCUGAAAAGGACGGUCUCUUGGGUCGGGAGCAAAGCUUCCGAUGGGCUGGAGAAGAGGGAGGAGUACCAUCUGUCGGCGAAAGACGGGAACCCUUUUGCCCGGACCAUGCUGCUGAAUGGAGUUCCUCUUGAGCUCACUGAAGAUGGUGACAUCCCUCCAUUGUAUCCGGUGCAAGUUUCAGUCAACUCACCGAUCUAUGUUGCUCCUCUGUCCAUUGCUUUCGUCGUCUUCCCGGAUUUCGAGGCUGAAGCUUGCGGCCGAUGAUCCACUGUAGAUAGAAUAUCAUGACGUUUUCAGCUAUAAUAGAGCUGUUCCUUUUUUUAAGGGAAAUAAAUAGUAUAAUAGAGCUGUUCUUAACAUACGGACCCUAAAUAUUUGUGAUCUAGUUUUCUGAUCUGUGCCCCAAUUGGGCCUUCCACGUUUUUCCAACA